AUGCGGUACUUUCUGAGCGCUGUCGUGCUUCUUUUUGCGGCAAUUGUGUCGGCCGUUAGCACCACGGGCAGCCGGCUGCUGGUGGUGGCUGACGAUGCCGCUGACAAGGAUGCAUACAGCAACUUUUUUGGCGACCUGGAGGCUCGCGGAUUCGACAUUAGCUACGAGACGCCCAAGAGCGAGGGCCUGUCCCUCUUUCGCCUUGGAGAGAGGACAUAUGACCACAUUGUCUUUCUGCCCACCAGCGUCAAGGCCCUCGGCCCGAAGCUAACCCCCAACAUCCUCAUCGACUUUGUCAACGCCGACGGCAAUAUCCUGGUGGCGCAGUCGUCCGCGCAUGCCUCGUCGACGUCCAUUGCUCACUUCCUCAGCGAGGUCGGCAUCAGCCUUCCGACUGAGCGCACGGGUCUGGUUGUCGACCACUUCAACUACGACAGCGUCUCCGCCGCCGAGACUCACGAUGUUCUCGUCCUCGAUGCUCCCACCCCUGUCCGCGCUGAUAUCGCCCCCUUCUUCUCUCUCGGAAACGAUGCCGUGCUGGCCCUGCCGCAUACCGUUGGCCACACCCUCAGCGCCAGCCAGCUCCUGACACCCAUCCUGCGUGCCCCCGACACAGCCUAUAGCUACAAUCCCAAGGAGCAGGUCGAGGCUGUCGAUCCUGAGGAGCUCUUCGCCGUUGGCCACCAGCUGGUUCUUGUCUCGGCUUUCCAGGCUCGCAACUCUGCCCGCGUGACCGUCAUCGGCUCAGCCGAGAUGCUGCAGGACAAGUGGUUUGAUGCCAAGGUGACCCGCGCCGGCUUCAAAAAGGUUGCUGCCGCCAACAGGGAGUUUGCCAAGAAGCUCGCCGCCUGGACCUUCCAAGAGCUCGGCGUCCUUCGCGUCAACAGCAUUGAGCACAGCCUGACAGGCGACAACAAGACGAACCCAGGCAUCUAUCGUGUCAAGAACGAUGUAACCUACAACAUCUCAAUCUCGGAGUACUCGUGGGAUGCUUGGCACCCCUUUACUCUUCCUGAGUCAGAUGCCCUGCAGCUUGAGUUCAGUAUGCUGUCCCCUUUCCACCGCCUGGACCUCGAGGCUGUCGCCUCAACGGCCGACGCCACCAUCUACAGCACCUCAUUCACCCUGCCCGACCAGCACGGCAUCUUCAACUUCCGUGUCAACUACAAGCGCCCUCUCUUGUCGAUCGUGGACGAGAAAAACACCGUGACUGUACGUCACAUUGCGCAUGAUGAGUGGCCCCGUAGCUUUAUCAUCUCGGGUGCCUGGCCUUGGAUCUCUGGCAUUGGCGCCACGGUAACGGGCUUCGUCUCUUUCUGCGUCCUCUGGAUGUACAGCAGGCCGACCCCUGACAAGAAGACGCAGUAG